AUGUCUAGCGAAGACCAGUCUACUGCCGAAGGUCCCGAUCAAGUAAGCAAACCUUUACUUAAAGUAAAGCUGUUGGAAGUUUUGGGGCAGGGGGACUUCAAGCAUUUAAAGACACUUAUCGAUAACGAAUUUCAGCCUAGAGAUGAUCCAUCUGUACAACAAGUCCUUAACUUGAUUCUACAUUAUGCUGUUCAGGUAGCCCCUAUCCUCCUUAUCAAGGAGAUCGUUGCCCAAUGGGUGGGACAGACGGACGAUGAAAAGAGUGCAACUGAAAAUAAUGAUGACAUUCAUCUGAACUUGAAUUAUCAGGACGAAAACGGUAAUACGCCACUGCAUCUAGCUGUUGCCCAAUCCCGUUCUGAUGUAAUCAGCUUUCUUCUUAACCAGAAAUCUAUCAAGGAUUGUAUCAAGAAUAAAGCUCACCUGCAACCUUUGGACAUGUGCAAGGAUUUAAACGUAGCACAAAUGAUUCAGUUGAAAAGGGACGACUAUUUUUUGGAGACAGUUCAUUCUUUGAGAACUGCUAUGAAUAAUAGAGACUUUUCGAAAUUGGAGUUGAUAUGGAAAAGCCCAAGAAAUUUAAAUCUAUUAGAUAUCAACGGUAUUGAUCCUGAAACUGGCAUGACCUUAUUAUAUGAAUAUUCGCAAAAAAAAGAUAUUGAAAUGUGCCAGUGGUUGCUGAAACAUGGCGCAGAAGCAACAGUUAAGGAUGGAAAGGGAAGAUCCCCUUUAGAUUUAGUCAAGGACACAAAGCUUCCGGUUAAAUCGUCUAAUAAUGUUACACCUGAAAUGAAACUGAAGAGUCUUUUUGAAAAAAAGUUGAAAGAACAAGCUACUGUUCAUGAAAAUGUUGCAUCAAAUAAGCCUCCAACAUACAAGGGCUUUUUGAAAAAAUGGACGAAUUUUGCCCAUGGGUACAAGUUGCGUUGGUUCGUUUUAAAUAGUGAUGGAAUUCUAUCAUAUUACAAGGAUCAAUCGCAUACGGAUAGACCUCGUGGUACCUUGAAAGUUUCCACUUGUCGCUUACAUAUUGACUCCUCGGAAAAAUUGAACUUUGAACUGCUGGGUGGUGUCAAUGGCACUACAAGAUGGCGGUUGAAAGGCAAUCAUCCUGUUGAAACGACUAGGUGGGUAAACGAAAUUCAAAGCGCUAUUAGAUUCGCCAAAGACAAGGAAAUAUUCAGAGAAAAAAGGUCAGUACCACCGUCAUUGGCUAUGAAAAGCAAAUCACCAGCCCUGGUAUCGCAUUCUAAAACACAAAGCUCUCUUCCCGAAGCUUCACAAUACCAUCAACAUGCUUUGCAUAAAGAGGUAAUCCAACCCUCCUCUGUGAGUCUUUAUCGGAGACCAAGCAACAAUCUAUCUGUCGUGUCCAGUGAAAUUCAACUGAACGACAAUUUAACUGAGUCAGGUAAGCGUUUUGUCAGUAAAAUGAUUGAAAGCCGAUUAGAUGGUAGUAAAACUACUCCUAUCGGAGUACAUUCGGGUCCUAUCCUACAAAAAGUUCGCAGUAGUAACACCCUAAAAAGCAAUCGAAGUGUACAAAGUGGUUCAGCUGUAGUUAUUCCUUUUGAAAACGUCCCAAACAGUGGUAAUAACACUAAUAGUAAUAGUGUCAACAUGAGCCAAUCUAAUACAGCAGCGGGAUCUACUGCUUCCUUGAGUGAUAAUAACUUUAUUGAUAAUUUCGAAGGUGAUGAGGCAAAUUCAGAUGAUGAUGACGAGGACCUUGGAAUAAACUUUGAUCGCGAUGAAGAAUAUAUCAAAGCGCAGUAUGGGCCAUAUAAGGAGAAACUUGACAUGUAUGAACAGGCGAUCGGUAUAGAAUUGAGUUCUUUAAUUGAACUGGUUGAUCAAGAGGAGCCAAGUCCUGAGAUUUGGCUUACAGUUAAGAAAAGCCUCAUCAACACAUCAACCAUUUUUACCAAAUUGAAGAAUUUGACUUCUAAGAGAGACAAGAGAUUGGUAGACAUGGUUUCCAAGCAAGGUGAUGUCAACAACGUUUGGGUACAAUCCGUCAAAGAACUAGAAAUUGAAUUAUCCAAUAAGACCGAACGUUUGGCUUUUAUUGAUAAAGAAAGAAGAAGUUUGAAGAAGAUUCUACGUAAGAAAUUGUUAGAAUCACAAACCUCCGUUGUUAAGAAAGAAUCUCCGGAAGAUGCCAGAGAUGAGAGAGAACAGGAAUAUGAUACGUCGGGAAGUACACUGGGUCAAAUUGCAAAAUUCAUCAGCGCUACAAAGGAAGAAGAUGAAGCAUCUGAUGCCGAUGAGUUUUACGAUGCCGCAGAAUUAGUUGAUGAAGUGACUGAAUUAACUGAAGCUCAUCCAGAAACUUCAGUUGCAGCAACUCCCAAUGGUGUACCCCCCGUUCUAAGUGAAGAGGUUCCUGACAGUCAAAAUAUUCAGGGCAAGGAAAAUAACAAAGAACUAGAGGACAAGAAAGGAAGUCAAAACUUUGAAAAGCAAAACAAUCUGCGCGUAAAGGAGAAAGGAAAAACUGAGCAAUCAGCCAUAGACCUCAAAAGAGAAACCAAGGAAAGUCAAGUAAAAGAGGCAACCAAAGAAGUAGCGUCCUCUGUUGCUACUGAAGCGAAUAUUGUAGCAGUAACAUUGGUUCAAAAGAAAAAAGAAGAUUGUUUACUCAAAGAGGGGUCAUAUCUUGGUUACGAAGAUGGAAUUAGAAAGAGACUUUCCAUGGAUAAGGAUGAUAGGCCUAAGAUUAGUCUUUGGGCUGUUUUGAAAUCCAUGGUGGGCAAAGAUAUGACAAGAAUGACCUUACCCGUUACUUUCAAUGAGCCUACGUCUCUUCUGCAAAGAGUGGCAGAAGAUAUGGAGUAUUCUGAACUUUUAGAUCAAGCCGCAAUGUUUAAAGAUUCAUCUUUGAGAACAUUGUACGUAGCAGCCUUUACAGCAUCUUCAUACGCAUCAACUACAAAAAGAGUUGCAAAACCUUUUAACCCAUUGCUGGGCGAAACAUUCGAAUAUUCUCGGCCGGAUAAACAAUAUAGAUUUUUCACUGAGCAAGUCUCUCAUCAUCCACCUAUCUCUGCAACAUGGACCGAAUCGCCAAGAUGGGACUUCUGGGGUGAAUCAUUCGUUGAUACUAAAUUCAACGGCAGAUCUUUCAAUGUUAAGCAUUUGGGUUUGUGGCACAUUAAAUUGCGUCCCGACGAUAAUGAAAAAGAAGAAUUGUAUACCUGGAGGAAGCCGAAUAAUACUGUUAUAGGUAUUCUUAUUGGUAACCCACAGGUCGAUAAUCAUGGUGAAGUAAACGUUGUCAAUCACACAACAGGUGACCACUGCAAAUUGUAUUUUAAAGCAAGGGGUUGGAGGUCAUCAGGAGCAUAUGAAAUCACAGGUGAAGUCUACAACAAAAAGAAACAGAAAGUAUGGAUUCUUGGGGGACACUGGAAUGAAGCAAUCUUUGCUAAGAAAGUAGUGAAGGAUAGUGAUCUUUCGUUGGAGAAGACCAAUACUGCUGCAUCAGCACUGAAAGGGCCCACGGAUGACGGAACAAAGUUUUUAAUAUGGAAGGCGAACGACCGCCCUGAGGAGCCAUUUAAUUUGACGCCUUUUGCCAUCACAUUAAAUGCCCCGCAGCCGCACCUAGUGCCAUGGUUACCUCCCACAGAUACGCGUUUGAGACCAGAUCAAAGAGCUAUGGAGGACGGGCGUUAUGACGAAGCCGGUGAUGAGAAGUUCAGAGUCGAAGAGAAGCAGAGAGCUGCACGCAGAAAGAGGGACGAAAACAACGUUGAAUAUCAUCCCCAAUGGUUUGUCAAGGAUACUCAUCCUAUUACGAAAGCCAAAUAUUGGAGAUAUACGGGCAAGUAUUGGGUUAAGAGAAAAAAUCAUGACUUGAAGGAUUGUGGUGAUAUCUUUUGA